UGCGUAAUCAGAGUUUACUGUUAAGGGAGUGUCUUGUGUGUAUUUAAGGAAUGUGAGCGUCUCUUUUAUCAUAAACUGUUUUGACGCGUGUGCAGCAGGCACUUAUUUUGUCAAAACACAUGAUGUACAUGGUUCACAUGACGCAACAAACACAUAUUUCGAAAAUACGAGCAACACAUGACACUCCAAACACAUAUUUUGAAUUUGCGCCCCUCGGAAGAGCAUUCACCAGCCGCCACUGAUCAUUACACUGCUAACAUAAUUGAAAUCAUUAUUUGGGCCUAACAUGCAACUUCUCUUUUCACAGCUGCCGGUGUCUGUGUGCAGUGCGUGUUGUCCUCCAGGCACUAGGAAGGCUGUACAGAAAGGAAAACCUAUCUGCUGUUAUGACUGCAUACAAUGUCCACCAGGAGAGAUCAGUAACAGCACAGAUUCUAGCGACUGCUUUCCUUGUGAUUUGGAGUAUUGGUCGAAUGAAAGCAACGACGAAUGUGUUUUAAAAGUUAUUGAAUUCCUUUCCUAUACAGAAAUCAUGGGGAUUGUGCUUUCUCUUUGUUCUCUCAUUGGAGCAUUAGUUACAUCAAUUGUAUCUUUGGUGUUUUAUCUUCAUAAACAAACACCUAUUGUAAGAGCCAACAAUUCAGAGCUGAGCUUCCUGUUGCUCUUCUCAUUGACUCUGUGUUUUCUCUGUUCACUUACUUUCAUUGGUCGCCCCACUGAGUGGUCCUGUAUGUUGCGUCACACGGCGUUUGGGAUCACUUUUGUCCUCUGUAUCUCCUGUGUUCUGGGGAAAACAAUAGUGGUGUUAAUGGCAUUCAAGGCCACACUUCCAGGAAAUAAUGUUAUGAAAUGGUUUGGGCCUCCUCAACAAAGACUAAGUGUUGUUAUCCUUACAUUAAUACAGGUCCUAAUUUGUGUGCUUUGGUUAACAACAUCACCUCCUUUCCCAUAUAAGAACAUGCGUUAUUACAAAGAUAAGAUCAUUCUAGAAUGUAGUUUAGGUUCAGCUGUUGGUUUCUGGGCUGUUCUUGCUUAUAUAGGCUUGCUUUCAGUUGUGUGUUUUAUUUUAGCUUUUCUGGCUCGUAAGCUCCCUGAUAACUUCAAUGAAGCUAAAUUCAUCACAUUUAGUAUGUUCAUAUUCUGUGCUGUAUGGGUUGAAUUUUUUCUAGCUUACGUCAGUACACCUGGAAAAUUUACUCUAGCCUUGGAGAUAUUUGCUAUUUUAGCUUCAAGUUUUGCUUUACUAUUUUGCAUAUUUGCCCCAAAAUGCUACAUAAUUUUGUUAAAACCAGAGGAAAAUACAAAAAAACAUAUGAUUGGGAAAUAGUAAUUCUAAGAAACUCAAGGAUAAAAAUUAUUGGACAACAAUGUGAUGUAGUAAAGUAAACAACAAUUGACAACCAAACUAAAAAAAACAUUGCCAUGGAAUAAAAAGCAGGCAAGCACAAAUAUAUGAAGAGUUUGACAAAUUUUGGUAAAACGUGUUUUCUAUACCAAGAAAGUGACAAGAUGAAAACCACUUUUUCGGUUACAAACUUUCACAUAGCAUCUUAAGGUUAUAAUAACACAAAAACUUAA